GGUCUUUUCAUCCUCGCCAAACAACCACCACCACCCUUUCUAUAUAUAUGUAAACAGAGUAGAAUAAUUCCAUGUAUUAGAGGACCUAGACAACUAAUCAAAUAUAAAGCAGGUGAAAAAUUCAACACAGGGCUAGAAAAAGGAGCUUCUCACUCUUAUAUAUACAUUCUCUUCUUGCUCCAGAGCCUCCUCAAACAUUUAUAUAGAAGCAUUUUUUGUAGCAGAUUAGAGCAUUUUAUGAGAUUGUAGAUAGUUCAUUGUGUUAUCGUCACAGAUAAACUGUCAUGAAAAUCACACUGAGAUCGAUCUUCCCUAGUUGUUAUAAGGGUGAAUACGUGUCACCCUCACCAAAGCCCACCAAGGUCGUGGCUACAAAGGGUGGUUCUUCUUCCAACAGGGUCUCUAUCACGGAUUUGAGUUAUCCAAGUUCCACGUUUUCUGAGGAUCUGUCGGUUUCUCUAGCAGGGUCUAACCUCCAUGUUUUCACACUUGCUGAGCUCAAGAUCAUCACGCAGAGCUUCUCUUCGAGUAACUUUCUCGGAGAAGGAGGGUUCGGACCUGUGCAUAAGGGGUUCAUCGAUGACAAGGUUAGGCCAGGUCUCGAGGCUCAACCUGUUGCUGUUAAGCUCUUGGACUUGGAUGGUUCUCAGGGCCAUAAAGAGUGGUUGACUGAAGUUGUGUUUCUGGGUCAACUAAGGCAUCCACAUCUUGUCAAGUUGAUUGGAUAUUGCUGUGAAGAAGAACACAGGCUUCUGGUGUAUGAAUAUUUACCACGAGGAAGCUUAGAGAAUCAGCUAUUUAGAAGAUACUCGGCAUCGUUACCAUGGUCAACAAGAAUGAAAAUUGCUGUUGGAGCUGCAAAGGGUCUAGCCUUUUUACAUGAAGCUAAGAAACCAGUCAUCUAUAGAGAUUUCAAAGCUUCCAACAUCUUGUUGGAUUCUGAUUAUAAUGCAAAGCUCUCAGAUUUUGGCUUGGCAAAAGAUGGCCCUGAAGGAGAUGACACACAUGUUUCAACAAGGGUCAUGGGCACCCAAGGCUACGCGGCCCCAGAAUACAUUAUGACAGGACACUUGACAGCAAUGAGUGAUGUGUAUAGUUUUGGAGUUGUCCUCUUAGAGCUUCUAACAGGUAGAAGGUCAGUGGACAAGGGGCGCCCACCUAGAGAACAUAACCUGGUGGAAUGGGCCAGGCCCGUCUUGAAUGAUCCGCGGAAACUUGGUAGAAUAAUGGAUCCAAGGCUUGAAGGUCAAUAUUCUGAGAUGGGGGCAAGAAAAGCAGCUGCAUUGGCUUAUCAAUGUCUAAGCCACAGGCCAAGGAGUAGACCCUCAAUGACCACAGUGGUUAAGAUUCUUGAGCCUCUUAAGGAUUUUGAUGACAUUCCCAUUGGACCCUUUGUUUACACGGUUCCAACUGAUAAUGGAGUGAAAGAGAGUGAAACACCAAAGGAGAGGAAAAGGGAAAAUGGUCACCAUCACCGUAGCCAUCAUCACACUAAUGCCCAUAAGCAUCAUGAUAACAGUGAAAUGCAUAAAGAUGCAAAUGAAAGUGAAGCACCUAGGGAGAGAAAGAGGGAAAAUGGUCAACAUCACCGAAAUCACCAUCGCCACAAUGGGCAUAGGCCACAUCCACUUAAGGCGCCAAAGCCACAGAAUGAUGAACACCAAAAUGGUAGAAGAAGUGGGUCAAACUCGCCUGAUAGCAUUGCAUCAUAAACGCAAGGAAGCGUGGCUUAAUUGACACAGAGAUCACAGUGUAAAUAGAUAUUUCGUGAAGAAUUGUCACAUAGUGUGCCAAAUACUAGUGCUAGGCUAAGUGUAACAAGCCUUUCAGCCAAUAAAAGACAGAAAAUAUGAAAAGGAGGAGGGGGUACAAUUGUAAUCGUUCUUGCAUGGAAAACAUGCUUGAGUUUUUUUUUUUCUUCUUUUUUUCCUUAUUUAUUUAUUGAAUUUCCUUAUUGAUUUUGAAUUGUCUAUAGAAUGGUGAUUUUUGUUCCCCGAAGAAUCGAAAGACUAGUUCAAUUAUUGGGACAAUUACCAACUACGGUUUUGUUGAAAGAUCUGGCAACGAAAGCGAGUACAGCUCAGUGGUUUGACCAAACGACACGUAAAUGUGUCCACUUGCUAAUUCUCUAUGAUAGUAAUUUAUUAAGCAAGAGUGCAGGACAGCAGGAAAGCCACCCUCAUUAUAUAAAACGUUUUUUUAACAAUAAUUACUU